CAUGUCAGCCAAACCCUCCUUUUUCCAAUGAAAACGGGUAUUCUUGUCUGACAGCUCUCACCCCUUGUGCUCUGUAUAAAGCAAUGUUUUUCUCUAUGGUUUUUAUAAGAAAAAAAUGAGCUCCACCUUCCGCUUUGCUCCGUAAUCCACCACCAAGCACUAUGGAAAAUCUUGGUCCCAGACUCCCCAAAAGGAAGUUGAUACGCUGAGGUUCCCCCCCAUUAAUUGCUUUCGGUCUGUUCGGGUUUCCGUUAAUGGCUUCGAUUUUAGGAACCAACUACUUCUCUUGCUUUCUCUGCUUUUCUCUCUCUUUAAUGGAAACAACUAGUUCCCUGUUCUUGACGCUGAGCAGUGUGUGAAAGGAAGUCCUACGAUUUACUCUUAUUUUCACGAUCUGGAUUUUUCGUUUCUUCUGAACCAUGCCAUUUCGCCAAGGGGGCUCCUUGUUUCGUGCAGAAGCCAUUUGCCUUUUGGUUGUUGGGAAAGGUUGCUCUCUCUUCCUCUGUUCAAGCCCACAAGGUUAGGGUUCGUAGAAAAUAAGGGCUCUCUGCGUAUGCAUUUUCUUGUACUCUUUACUGUAAAAAAGUUUUGAAGAUCGUAAGGAAGUGGCUCUGCAAAUUACGGUUUGUUUCAUCAGGCGAGUUGUCCAAAUUUCACUGAAAUGUUGGUUGCUAAGCUCUUGGUGGCUCUAUUGAACUGAAAUUCUUCGUCAUUUCGAGGGACUGUUUGUUUACUUGGUAAAUAUCCCGUGUCCAAAUUCUUAGCUUCGUUCAAGCUUUUUUCAAUUGGAAAUUCAGUUGGUACUGCAGAGAGAUGCAUUUUGAAGCCUUUGGGAAUGGGGAUGUCGAGCUGGAAAGUUGAGUCUUUAGGGCUCUUUCUGGUUUUGUUCGUGUGCGUUUUUGUUUAUUUUGUGAAAUAAGAUGAAUCAAGUUUGUUGACCCGCAUCCCCAAAAUUUUGACGAAAAAUGGGUUGUGCGAACUCCAAAACUGAGAAAAAUGAAGCUCUCCGUCUCUGCAGAGAGCGUAUGAGAUUCAUCAAGCAGGCUAUUGAUUCAAGGUAUUCCCUUGCAGCUGCUCAUGUAUCUUACAUCCAAUCCCUCAGAAACAUCGGCAUUACUCUUCGGCGGUCCGCCGAGGCAGAGAUUAUAAUCGAGUCGUCUCUGUCGACCUCGGAUAAGACCCCAUCACAUUCGUCAUACCCGUCUCCUUCUCCGUCACAUGUUGCUGAUGUCUCGGACUCUCCGUUGCACAAUGAGAGCUCCCUUUCUCCGCCCGUGGCGGCUUUGAGUUAUAUGAGGUCAGGGGGUAGUGCUGCUGUGACUGUUAUGGUCAGUCCGAGUGGUGGUAAUAGUUUUGUGGAUGAGGAAUUGAUGGCAUUUCCAUUCCCACCGCCACCUCCACCUCCUCUUGAGUCAGGCUCGUGGGAUUUCUUUGACCCCAUUGAUGGUAGUGAGAGCUUUAGAUUUAUGGGGCACAGCGGAUUGGAUAUGAAUUCAGAUGAUAUGAGUGGAUGGAGACACUUCAAGAGCAAUGGGGCUAAUGAACUUCAUGAAGGAACCUUUAAGGCUGGUGGAAUCCCCAGUAAUAUGGCUACUCGAAAUAAUAGCAAUUAUGAAUCGGUGGAGCAUAAUGCUCAUUUAAUUACCUCUAGAGGAGUUGAAGGUUCUGAACAAACGGUUUCUGGUAAAGUCAGCAGGCUAGAAUCGGGAGGUAAUAAUAUUAACGGGUCAGCUGAGACUUUGGCAGGUAAUGUUCCAGUUGCUCUAGCACAGUCUGGUUCAAAGAGGGAGAAAACCAUGGUAGAGAAGGACUUAUCUGCGGAAAGAGAGGAUCCUUCAGAAUUCAUUACUCACAGAGCUAAAGAUUUUCUUUCGAGCAUAAAGGAUAUAGAGAAUCGCUUCUUUCGAGCUUCUGAAUCUGGUAGGGAGGUCUCCAGGAUGCUAGAGGCAAACACAAUCAGGGUUGGAUAUUCUGAAGCAAAAGGGAAUUCAUCUGCCUUGGCUCUUUUGGGGGCUUUCCAUCUUGUUUGCUGCCGUUGGAAAACUGCACUUGCUACUCACGAAUCUUCACAAAAUUUAACAAAGGUUAUUACAUGGAAGCGAACAACAUCUUCAAGGUCAUCCUCAUCCAGGAUUCCUCUUGCUCCAGCAUCAAAAGAAGAUAAUGAUGACAGCAGAAAUGAUUUUGUUGAAGAAUUCUGCAUGAUUGCUGGAAGCCAUUCCUCAACCCUAGACCGGCUAUAUGCAUGGGAGAGAAAACUUUAUGAUGAAAUAAAGGCCAGUGAAUCUAUCAGGAAGGAGUACGAUCGGAAGUGUGAUCAGCUUAGGCAGCAGUUUGCAAAGGAUUGUAGUAGUCCAGUUAUUGACAAAACCCGGGCAAUUGUGAAGGAUCUUCACUCACAAAUAAGGGUGGCAAUUCACUCUGUUGAUUCAAUAUCGAAGCGAAUUGAGAAAAUUAGGGAUGAAGAGCUGCAACCACAAUUGUUAGAGUUGAUCAUGGGAUUGACCAGAAUGUGGAAGGCCAUGCUUGAAUGCCAUCAUGCACAGUACAUCACCAUCUCAUUGGCAUACCAUUCAAGGACUUCCGCAGGAACUCCCCAAGGAAAUACCCAUGUUCAGAUAAUGUCUCAACUCCUAUAUGAGACUGAAUGCUUUGGCUUAAGUUUUGCCGAUUGGAUUAACAGUCUCACAUCAUAUGUGGAAGCUCUCAAUGGUUGGCUGCAAAACUGCAUCCUACAGCCACGAGAACGCUCCAGGGCCAGAAAGCCGUUAUCCCCUCGUCGACUUCUGGCACCACCUGUAUUUGUUCUCUGUCGUGAUUGGUCAGCUGGGCUUAAAGCUUUGCCAUCUGAUGAACUUAGUAAUGCAAUCAAAACAUUUUUAUUGGAGGUUCACCAGUUGAUGGAGCAACAAGCUGAACAACCGCAGAAGAAACAGGAACCUACUGAUGCAGAAAAUGGAGAACCAGAAAGCAAAGAAAAUCAAAAGGAUGAUGAUGCUUCUUCCAAUUUGUUUAGCAUAAAAACAAGUUUGACAAAGAUUCUUGAUCAGCUGAAAAAGUUUUCGGAGGCUUCAUUGAAAAUGUAUGAAGAUAUUAGACAGCAAAGUGAAACAGCUCGAAUUAGAUAUUUGAAAGGUGGGCCAACUAGAACAUAAAGUUUAUGCAAUUAUCGGAGUUUGUGGUUGGAAUUAGAUACUUGUAAAUUUCAUUAAAGUUGCAAAGUACUGGCAGGAUCAAGUAUUUGGGGAGUUGUGUGAGAGUACCAGUUUGGCUAGAUUUUUGGAAGCUCAAGGUGGAAAUCCUUAAAUUUACGGGUUCGGAUAACUUUUUCACACUGGAGUUUAUGCUAAAAUGUCUACUCACUUUUCUUACAAGCUGAUUUGAUAAAGGGUAAUACACCUUGUUGCCAAAAGAUUUACAGGCAUGUUGCUUCGCCA